AUGGAAAGUGUGGAGCUUAAAGACCUGGGAAAUGUCAAAACGUUUUUAGGUAUGAGUAUCGAAGGAAACCCUCAAAAUGGAUACCUGAUUGACCAAGAACUAACAAUUAUGGAGAUGCUGGAAAAGCAUGGUUUAAGAGAUGCUAACGUUGUGAAAACUCCCAUUUCAAGCAUGGAAAUAGCUUAUUGUGGAGAUCACGAGUUUCGAGGCCUGAAAUAUCGUUUGCUGUACAUCGGGCCACCCGACACACUCACGCGCCCACUUUGGCCAGACUAUAAGGUAGCCAAACAUGUGGCUAGUUACAGUGAUGCGGAUUUUGCUGCUGACCGCGAAGAUCGAAAGAGUGUCAGCGCAAAUGUGGUUCUUGUAAAUGGGAUAGUUGCAGGCUGGAAUUGUAAGAAACAGGGCACACUAGCACUGUAUACUGCAGAAGCGGAGUUUGUGGCAGGCGCAGUUGGAGGAAUAGAGGCUCUAGGCCUGAAGGAGCUUUUCGAAAAAAUGGAAGCAAUCGAAGAAAUCGGAGCGCAAUAA